ACUUCUUCGUGUAAUUCCAUUCAAAUUGCGUUGUUGUUUUCGAUUUUUGUAUUAAGAGUCGCCCUUUGGUGUUUUUCUAAUUCAAUCAGUGAGGUGAAGAAAAAUGUCUUGCUGUGGUGGAAACUGCGGUUGCGGCUCCGGUUGCAAGUGCGGCGGCGGCUGCGGCGGUUGCAAGAUGUACCCUGAGAUGAACUUUGCUGAGCAAACCACAACUGAGACACUUGUUCUUGGCGUGGCACCCCGGAAAGUGAACUUUGAUGGAGCUGAAAUGGAAACUGGGGCUGAAAAUGGCUGCAAAUGUGGAGAUAACUGCACUUGCAACCCUUGCAAUUGUAAAUGAGGGAAAAAAAAAACCGAAGCAUAUUAUGGAAGCUGAUAUAAAUAAUAUAUGAUGUAUUUGGGUUUUUAUUAUUAGAAUAAAGCAGCCAUGGUUCAUUAGGUGUUUUGCUUCUUGUAUCCAUGGUUGCUUGGUGUGUGUGUGUGUGUGUAUAGUGAAAUGAAAGUAUUUUAACUAGCUCUGUUGUGUUACUGCCAUGUUAUAUAACUGAUGAAUGAAUGAAGGAAAGCUCUAUUUGGCUUUUGCUUACAA